AUGGUAAAUACUUUGACCGGCACUUACGUCAGUACCGGCCCUUGGAAGGCUGACAUUUUUAAAGGCAAAGUAGCAUUUGUUACAGGCGGAGCUGGAACGAUAUGUCGGGUUCAGACUGAAGCAUUGCUUCUACUAGGCUGUAAAGCGGCCAUUGUAGGCCGCAACAAAGAAAAAACCGAAUCUGCCGCGAAGGAGAUGGACGAGCUCACCACGAGUCCCGGAUCGGUGCUCCCCAUUUCUGGGAUUGAUGUUCGUGAGUUCGAGCAGAUGGAAAAGGCCGUAAAGCUGACGGUAGAGCGGUUUGGGAAGAUUGACUUCGUGAUUGCUGGGGCUGCCGGCAAUUUUAUCGCGCCUUUUGAACAACUUUCCGCCAAUGCCUUCAAGUCUGUGGUGUCCAUCGACCUUUUGGGAAGUUUCAAUACUGCUAAAGCAUGUCUCCCGCAACUUAAGUUGAACAAGGGAUCCAUUCUAUUCGUUUCAGCGACAUUCCAUUACUACGGUGUUCCAUUCCAGAGCCAUGUGGGUGCGGCCAAGGCCGGAAUUGACGCUCUUUCCAAUGCAUUAGCAGUCGAGCUUGGUGUGUCAGGGAUACGGAGCAAUUGCAUAGCUCCAGGUGCAAUUGAGGGAACAGAAGGUAUGUCAAAACUCUCCGGACCAGCGACGAAGGAUCAAAUGGUUGCUAAGAUUCCUUUGCAGCGUCUGGGCAGCACUAGGGAUAUUGCUGAUUCGACAGUGUUUCUAUUCUCAGACGCAGCAAAGUACGUUACUGGAACAGUGCAGAUUGUUGACGGUGGAAUGUGGCACUUAGGUACGCAUUUUGGCAGAGAAAUGUAUCCUCAAAGCCUAUUCCUGGAGGAAAAUGCUAAAUUAUGA